AUGACCGGCUCACGACUGCAGGAUAAGGUUGUCAUCGUCACAGGAGGUGGCUCUGGCUUUGGUGCCGCUAUCGCCCUUCGAUUCGGAGCCGAGGGAGCCAAGGUCAUUGUUGCAGACAUCAAUGUCGAGGGUGGCGAGAAGGUGGCCGCACAACAUCCCAACCUGAUUUUCCAGCGUAUGGACGUCACUCAAGAGGGAGAUUGGCAAACUGUCGUCGACCUAGCGUUCUCAAAAUAUGGCGGAUUGGAUACCUUGGUGAACAACGCUGGCACUACUUAUCGGAAUAAGCCCACAGCAGAGGUCACCGAAGAUGAAUGGGAACGGGUCUUCCAGGUCAAUGUCAAGAGUAUCUUCCUAGCCGGCAAGGUCGCGAUGCCUCGAUUUCUCCAACAGGGCAAGAGUCGAGGUGGCAGCAUGAUCAAUAUCAGUUCGACGGGUGCCAGCCGCCCACGACCGGGCCUGGUGUGGUACAACGCAUCCAAGGGUGCCGUUACCAACGCUACCAAGGGCCUCGCAGCCGAGUAUGGUCCCCACAACAUCCGCGUCAAUAGUGUGGCACCGUUGCUGUCCGGCACGGGUCUCUUUUCCAUGUUUACGGGUAUGGAGGACACUCCGGAGAACAGGGAGAAGUUUAUCGGCAAUGUGCCCCUGGGUCGUCUGACCGAAGCCGAUGAUAUCGCCAAUAUGUGUCUCUAUCUCGCUAGCGACGAAGGAAGCUUCAUCAAUGGGACGGAGAUGGUGGUUGAUGGCGGCAAGUGUAUCUAA